GUGUUUUUUUUUUGUAAAACAUGGGCAGUAUUUUGUAUUUGAAAAGAUCCAUUCAACAAUAAAUGGGAGAAGCUAAUGGCAGUGAAAAGGAGACAAGGAUAGUUUUUGUGACUGUGGGCACAACUUGUUUCGAUGCUCUUGUUAGAGCAGUUGACUCCGAGGAAGUUAAAGAACAGUUGUUAAAGAAUGGAUAUACCCAGCUUCUCAUUCAAAUGGGUCGUGGAUCGUAUGUACCAACAAAGUCUUGUGGAGAAGAUGGGUCCUUGGCUGUAGAGUACUUUACAUUUUCUCCAAGCAUUGUAGACCAUCUAAGAUCAGCAUCUCUUGUGAUCAGCCAUGCAGGGUCAGGAAGCAUAUUUGAGACACUAAGGCUGAGAAAACCAUUAAUCGUGGUAGUUAAUGAGGAUUUGAUGGACAACCAUCAGAGUGAGUUGGCUGAAGAACUUGCAAAGAGGAAACAUCUACUUUGUGCUCGCCCUCAAAUGCUCUACCAGACUAUUGCAGGCAUGAUACUGGACUCUCUUGUUCCUUACCCACCAGGAGAUGCUACCCCAGUUUCCAAGAUCAUAAACAGCUUUUUAGGAUUCCAUGAUGAUUAAUCUAUCUGCCAAGUAAAUGUUGAGCAGAAAUAUCAAGUUGUGGCCUUGAUUUGGUAUAUCAGCUGUCUUGUUUGAGCAGCAAAUUGCAUUAUUUUUACCAUCCAUGAUGCUGUAGUUUACUUUGACUUGAGCUUAAGAGGAGCUUAGAAGAUCAGAACAUUUAGU